GGACUACGUGAGUAAGUGAGAGACGAAUAGUCAACCAUUACCGGUGGCGCCGGUCAAUGGUUGCUGAACUUCCCUUUCAUUACAAUUACUGUGUAAUUUAUUUCUUAAUUAACUCGCUUGCCUCUUCUCCUAUUCUUCUCUCUCUACUUAUUGAAGUUUUUCUCGAGGAACUGUGUUUGUUAGCUUCUGAAUUGGUGAAUAACAAUGGCUCGUCCAAAUGUCCCAAAGUUUGGUAAUUGGGAAAAUGAAGACAACACACCCUAUACUGUAUAUUUUGAAAAAGCAAGGCAAACUCGUGGCACUGGAAAGAUCAUAAACCCCAAUGAUCCUGAAGAGAAUCCAGAUAUGUUUCCCAAUCUUGCUCCCCCACGUGCAGCUGCCCCUCAAAUUUCCAAGCCUAAAACACUAACAGAGGAACCACCAAUUGGGCGCGGUGGAGCAGCUAGGCAAACUUGGGACCGUAGACUGAGUAAGGACGAUGGUGAAUUCCGGCAGUAUGCUAAUUCUCCAGCCCGUAACCAGAACAUGGGGCGGAGAGGUUCCAAUGAGCCAUAUCAUCAACACUGGUGUGGAUCAAGUUCUGGUCGAACUGGCAGACCAAGUGCAGGAUCUGAACAUAGCUUUGAUAAAUCACCACUGCAUCCACAUUACCAGGCCAAGGUUAAUAAUGCUGGAAGAGGUGCUGCAUCUCCUGCUUGGGAAGAAAAGAAUAAUUCUUAUGAUAGUAGUCACGGUACUCCUGGAAGAUCAUUUGAAAGUUCUCAUGCUGCUCCUGGGAGGUCCAAAGUUAAGCAAGAGAGUUCUGAUAGAGGAGCUGCAGUUCCAAGAUUUGGGGAGUGGGACGAGAAUGAUCCUCAAUCUGCUGAUAACUACACACACAUUUUCAACAAGAUGCGUGAGGAAAAGCAAGGAAAUCCAACAGGGACACCUACUAGAGCAUCUUACAACACACGAAGGGAUAACUCUGAGGAAAAGUCAAUGAAGUGCUGUUUUCUCUGAUAAUGCAAGGGAGGACCUUGAUUUGAAUCUGCAACGGCCAAUGGAUUUGUAAAUAGUUCGACAAAUUACUUCUGCAAUAUAUUAAUUCAUCUACUUUACGUACUUCUUUUGGUGAUAAUUUGAGAGUUGUUUUGUAUUUUCAACAGAUUUCUGCAAUUGUAUUGUCAACAUGUAGUCUUUUUAAUAAUGUACUUUUAUUUGUAUGUUAUAGACAGUGCUUGCAGAUUUUGGAUGCUUUCUCUAUUUUGCCUGUGAAGAGUACUGUUGGUCUUCUCUAGCAAUACAACUGGUCAUAAUCUUGGGUUAGUGCUCAAGUAUUAGUACUCUUCUCAUAAAAAGAAUUCUGCAUUUUGAAUUAUGAGGUUUAACAUGUCUAA